AUGAAGUAUUUAGUAUUUAUAGUUUUGUUGUUGGUAAUUGGAUCAAGUGCUUUGGUCCACAGACCAAUUUCUGAUGUAGCUUUAAAAGAUAUGGUGGAAGCUAAUCAAAAUGGUAGCAAUUUACUGGUUGUUGUAUUCACUUCUUCAAACCCAGAACAUAAAACCUGUCAAGCUCUAAAUCAAAAAUUAUUGGAAUUAGCCAAUUCUCAUAGUGAUGCUGCAACAUUUGUUUAUGCUGAUGUUGAUGAAAUUAAUGGUAAUGAUAUGAAACCAUACAUCCCAGGAUAUGUCAUGUUGAGAGGUGCCCAGUUACUUGAAACAAUUCCAUUGGCAACUCCCCAACAAUUCGAAGAUUCAUUAAAUUCCUAUAUCCUUUACAAUUAG